CUUUCUCAUUUCAACAACAAAGCCACAUCAUCUGCGUGUCUCUCUUUUCUAAUACGAUGACCUCGAAGAACAACGGCUUGUCUGCCGCGCUUGUCUCGAAUCUCCAAGACGUGCUUUCCAAGAGAAAAGGAGGCAGCGAGGAGGAAGAGGAGACACCGUCUACUUCUGUUGCGGCGAAGGAAGAGGUAGAGGAGAGUGAUGACUCAAGACCUAUUGUUUUAGUUACCAAUGGAGAUGGGAUUGAUUCGCCUGGACUCGUCUCUCUCGUUGAAGCUUUGGUUAAAGAAGGGCUCUACAAUGUUCAUGUCUGUGCUCCUCAAACGGAUAGAUCGGUUUCUUCUCAUUCUGUGACUCGUGGAGAAACCAUUGCUGUAACUUCCGUUAGUAUCAAAGGUGCCACUGCCUUUGAAGUUUCAGGGACUACUGUGGACUGCAUCUCGUUAGGAUUAUCUGGAGCGCUUUUCGCUUGGUCAAAACCAAUACUGGUUAUUAGUGGAAUCAAUCAGGGAUCAAGCUGUGGGCAUCAAAUGUUCUAUUCCGGUGCAGUGGCUGGAGCCAGGGAAGCUUUGGUUUCUGGAGUACCCUCUUUGUCAAUAUCAUUGAACUGGAAGAAAGAUGAAAGCAAAGAAAGUGACUUUAAGGAUGCUGUUAGUGUCUGUUUACCUUUGAUAAACGCAACUAUCAGAGACAUUGAGAAAGGAGUUUUCCCUAAAGACUGCUCUCUCAACGUAGAACUUCCAACAUCACCCUCAUCAAACAAGGGUUUUAAAGUAACAAAACAAAGCAUGUGGAGGCAGAGUCAUAGUUGGCAAGCUGUUUCAGCUAAUCGUCAUCCUGGUGCUGGGAAUUUCAUGUCCAACCAACAAAGCCUAGGAGCUCAACUUGCCCAGCUUGGCAGAGAUGCUUCAGCUGCUGGGGCGGCUCGUCGUUUUACAACACAGAAGAAGAGUAUUGUGGAGAUUGAAUCUGUUGGUGUUGCUGCUAAAACUGAUAGCCGUGUUAAGAAAUACUUCCGCCUAGAGUUUGUGGCUAAAGAACAAGAACAUACAGAUGAAGAUUUGGAUAUCAAGGCUAUAGAAGAUGGUUUUGUUUCUGUGACUCCAUUGACUCUUCUUCCAAAAAUGGAUUCAGAAACUCAAGCUGCAGUGUCAGAAUGGAUCUCCAAAGCCAUUAACGCUGAUCAAUAA